UCAAACUCUCACUUCCUUUGUGAUUUAGAGUGAGCCCUAGCCACAACUGGUGCCAUUUAUCAGCUUCACUUCAUCUGCUGCCAGUGUUCAACUCUUCAGUGUUUUACCUCAGGAGGUAGAGGCUCAUCCUCAGACACCCAUCCAUCAAUCAUUUCUCAGGUCACCAUGUCUAGAAAGGUGGUCAGGACCAGUAAGUUUCGCCAUGUCUUUGGUCAGGCGGUCAAGGCAGAUCAGUGCUAUGAUGACAUCAGGAUCUCCCAGAUGACUUGGGACAGCAACUUCUGUUCUGUCAACCCUAAGUUUGUGGCCAUGAUUGUGGAUGCCAGUGGUGGAGGAGCUUUCAUUGUUCUGCCUCUGAACAAGACGGGUCGCAUUGACAUGUCCAUGCCCACCGUCUGUGGUCACACUGGACCUGUGUUGGACAUUGAAUUUUGCCCACAUAAUGACAACAUCAUUGCCAGUGGCUCUGAAGACUGCAGUGUCAUGAUCUGGGAGAUUCCAGAAGGGGGUCUGGUGACACCUCUGAAGGAUCCAGUUGUAAAGUUGGAAGGUCACUCUAAACGUGUGGGCAUCCUCAGCUGGCAUCCCACUGCCCAUAAUGUGCUGAUGAGUGCAGGCUGUGAUAAUGUGAUCAUUUUGUGGAACGUUGUUCGCGGAGAAGAAGUGGUGCGCAUUGACUCGCACAGCGAUCUGAUCUACAGCGCCUGCUGGAACAGAAACGGCUCUCAGAUCCUCACAUCCUGCAAGGACAAGAAACUGCGCGUGUUCGACCCCCGCAAGGGCACCGUCAUACAUGAGAAGGAUAAACCUCAUGAAGGCUCCAGGCCAGUAAGAGCUGUGUUUGUAUCUGAUGGAAAGAUCCUGACUACAGGUUUCAGCCGCAUGAGCGAGCGACAAGUGGCACUGUGGGACCCUAAAAACUUUGAUGAGGCAAUGAACCUGCAGGAACUGGACACCAGCAGUGGAGUGCUGCUACCGUUUUUUGAUCCCGACACUGGCAUCGUAUACCUUUGUGGCAAGGGUGACAGCAGCAUCAGAUACUUUGAGGUGACAGAUGAGGCCCCAUACGUUCACUAUCUCUCCAUGUACAGCAGUAAAGAGAGUCAGAAGGGCAUGGGCUACAUGCCUAAGAGAGGCCUGGAAGUCAACAAGUGUGAGAUUGCAAGGUUCUAUAAACUCCAUGAGAGAAAGUGUGAACCUAUUGUAAUGACUGUGCCUCGUAAGUCUGACUUGUUUCAAGAGGACCUUUACCCUGACACGAUUGGUCCAGAGCCAUCAGUGGGGGCAGAUGAGUGGUUCGCUGGUAAAGACGGAGAGCCAAUCCUCAUCUCCUUAAAAGAAGGUUUUGUGGCCACAACCAAAAAUAAAGAGUUCAAAGUGAUCAAGAGCUUGAUGUCCACCACAUCAUCUUCCCCAAGCAACCAACAUUCUGAUCUUGCGGACUUGCAGGCCUUGCAGAAUGAGGUGAAGAAACUGAAAGAGAUGGUUGAGGACUUGAUCAAGCGAGUGAGCAAACUGGAGAACAAAUAACUGAAGAGAGAAGCCAUUAUAAUUAGAUCAGACAUAAAAAAAGAUGGACAUUUAAAGAUUUGUGUAUAAUGAAAUAAUAAAAAUGUGCAUGGUAGAAAUAUGAUAUGUGAGAUGUUUUUAGAGGAUACAAAUUACUUUACAGCUCAAAUUCAGGGAGAAGAUGUUUAAUGUGAUCAGAUUUGUAUGAAACCCAUUUUGAAUAUGUUUUAUAGAAUUUGCAAUAAAUGUGUUAUUUUAACUAAUUUA